AUGUCAUCCACCGCCGCCCUCGCCCCAGGCUCCAAGCGCCAGAGCAUGCUCGUGCAGUCGACUCCUGGCUCGCCUGAUGUGGGUAAAGAAGCCGAGGUCACGACGACGACAACGGGCGCGGGUACGAUCACGGCCAAGAACGUUGCGUCGCCAGGCGAGCUGUGCGGGUUUGUCGACACGCUGCUCAACACGCUAGAGAGUCGGUUCGACGAGAUGAGCGACCAGGUGAUGUCGAGGAUGGACGAGAUGGCGUCGCGCAUCGACAAUCUGGAGACGGCCAUCUCAGACCUGAUGAACAGCGGUGUCGAGAGCCCAUCAGCUACACCGACGAAGAAGAAGUAA